AUGACUUGCUGGGAUAUCGAGCAGAAGGGCUUUUGCCCACGUAGUGGGGCCGAUGAUGGCAAGGGCGGUGGCAAGGGCUGGGGUGGAGGUGGAAACAGCUGGAAUGGUGGUGGCGGCAAAGGCUGGGGUGGUGGAAAGAGCUGGGGCAACGGCGGCAGUAGCAAAGGUUGGAAUGGAGGUGGCAAAGGCUGGGGAGGAGGAGGCGGUAGCCCUGGAGUCUGGAACCAGACCUUGAAGUGGAACAUGGGCAAGGGCAAGGGCAAGAACGACCGCAAGCCGAUCGACCCUAGCAAGACUAUCUGGAUCGGGAACCUCCCGGAGGAGACCAGCUACCAAGAGUUGAAGUCUCACGCAGAGGCUGCGGGAGUCAUGGCACUCUGGGCGCAGACAUACAAGGGCAAAGGCGCAGGCACAGGUGCAGUUGGCUUCAAGACUAUGGAGGAGGCUCAGCAGGCUACGAUGAUUUUGAAUGGCUCCAUCUUCAAGAACGUUGCGAUCAUUGCUGACUCCUGGGAAAAGCAGCGAAAGUGGUGA